AUGAGACUAUUGAAAAAAAAUGAUUGGAAUAAAUAUAUAGAAGCAGUUAGACAAAAUAACAUAAAUUUAGUCGAUCAAUAUAUAAAAUGUGGUGGUGAUUUAAAUUAUCCAGUGGUACCUCAAGGUGCAAUACAUUGUGCGGUAUAUUUUGAUUUUAUCGACAUCGUGAAGUUAUUACUCGAAGCUGGAAUCAAUGUUAAUCAACAAGAUGAAGAUGGUGAUACAGCGUUACAUUAUGCAGUUGGUCAAACAAAAAAUAUUGAAUGUAUUAAACUAUUAUUACAUUAUGGAGCUUGUCCACUUCUUCCAAAUAAUUCAUCAGAAAAAGCGACACCUAUAACUGUGGCUAAUCGUGCUGAUGAUAAACAAAUCCUUGACAUAUUAACAGAAAAUGUUAAACUCACCAAAAAUUUAUGUAAGGCAGCUGAAGAUGGAAAUGUUGAACUUGUUCAGAAUUUAUUAGAGACAACAGAAGUAAGUGUAAAUGGAUUAUCAGAUGAACUUUUGGCUCCAAUACAUGAAGCAUCACUUGCUGGUCAUUUAUCAGUACUGCAAAAAAACAAUACACCAUUACAUUGUGCAGCAACAAACGGUCAUCUCGAUAUUAUCCAAUAUUUAAUUGAAAAUCAUGCAAUAAAUGAUACUGUCAAUUCAAGUGUACACACACCAUUACUUGGUGCAGUUAUCAUGGAAAAACAAGAUGUUGCUGAGUAUUUGAUUAAAGCAGGAAGUAACGUACAUGUACGAGAUUCUAUAGAAAAGACACCACUUCAUUGGGCAGCCUUCUAUGGAUUAAAUAGUAUUAUUUCGUUAUUACUUGAACAUGGAGCAGAUAUUAAUGCAUUGGAUCAUUUUGGACAACCUCCAUUACAUUGUGCUGUAGGAUAUCCAAUUCGUGUAGAAACUAUCAAAUUAUUAAUAGAAAAAGGUGCCAAGGUUAAUAUUAUGAAUGAUAUGGGUAUGACAAUUUUUGAUUACUGUGUUAAUAACACCCCAGAUGAAAUUGAUCUAAUUGAAUUUAUUAGAAAACGUAGCGAAUAA